AAUAUUUUGUAGUAAAAUUUUGUAUUUUGAUUAUUGGCAACAUUGGCAAACUCCAUCUUUUUGUCACGAUGCCUCCUAAGAAGCAACCCGAGAAAUCAGCCUCUUCGGCAUCCAAGCCUGCCGAAAAGAAGCCGGCUUCGGCUAAAACUCCCGCUGCCGCACCGAAAGCAGCAGCGCCAUCUGCCAGUGCUCCUAAACCAGCGUCGGCCAAAACUCCUGCUCCAGCUCCUAAAGCUGCAGCGCCCAAAUCUGCACCAGCUGCUGCCAAACCUGCACCUGCCAAGGCUGCUUCAGCUGCCAAGCCUGCUGAAAAGAAAUCGGCAUCAGUUCCAUCUGCUAAGCCUGGUUCAGCUAAGGCCGCGGCUUUAAAAGCCAAGUCUAGUGCUAAGCCCUCAGUCAAGAAAGCAGCAGCUGCCUCUAAACCAAGGAAGCCUAAACCAGCCGCUGCUAAACUUAAGAUUGCACCUAAACCCAAGAAGACUGGUAUCAAGGGACAGAAGAAAGUUGUUAAGCCUGUAACUAAGGCACUUAAAGCUCAAAGAAAGGUAGUUAAAGGCGAACAUGGAAAGAGGAUUCGUAAAAUCCGCACUUCUGUGCAUUUCCGUAGGCCCAAGACCUUUGAACCACCAAGACAUCCUAAAUACCCAAGGAAGUCAUUACCCAAAAGAAAUCGUAUGGAUGCCUUCAACAUCAUAAAAUAUCCAUUGACAUCUGAGGCUGCCAUGAAGAAGAUUGAAGACAACAAUACCUUGGUAUUCAUUGUACACACCAGCUCUAAUAAACAUCAUAUUAAAGCUGCAGUCAAGAAGCUCUAUGACAUCAAUGUGGCGAAAGUAAACACGCUCAUCAGACCUGAUGGUAAGAAGAAGGCGUAUGUACGGCUCGCGCGAGACUACGACGCUCUAGAUGUUGCCAACAAGAUUGGUAUCAUAUAAAUGUAUAUUUUGUAAGAAUACAUAAAAAACUACA